UAUGCCCCUGCUGAUUCUGUUAUGCCUCCUAGUGUGCGCAGCUCAGCAGGCUACGGCCACGCCUGCAUGGCUUGCGCUCAGGCCAAAUGUAGAUGCUUGCCUCGCGGGUCUGGCGGAAAGUGUCAAAGAUGCAACCGACUGAACAAAGAAUGCGUUCAGUCGCAGAGAAAACGAACCCCUAAGCCGCUGUCCAGAACGGCGCAGCUGGAGCAGAAGGUCGACGGCCUGUUGUCGCUGCUGAGUGCGUCGACAUCAGUGGACGAAUCAGGCGCUCGGAGAGCAACUGGCUUAGAACAGAACGUACAGCAAUCCCUGUCUGCUGAUCUUGCCAAUCCGAGAACGCAUUCUAGUUCUGGUUUUACGCCGACCGAGUCACCCCAAGGAAAUAGUGAGGUAGAUAGGAUUGGUUACGAGGACACGCUUUUAACCUCAUUCCGAACCAAAAAGCUACCAUGUUUCCCCUUUGUCCACAUACCCGAUACAACGUCAGCGCAGAAGUUCAAGCAAGAAUCUCCAUAUCUUUGGCGCUGCAUCGAGGUCACCGAGUCCAGGAAUGUCGACGCUCUCGAUGACUUUACGACGCGUCUACGUCGUGAGAUCUCGAACGCAGUGUUGGUGGAGUUGGAAAAGAGCCUAGAUUUACUGCAAGCAAUCUUAGCAUACCUUGCUUGGAUCACAUAUGAAAGCUUUCCAAUGAAGUCUUCGUUAUGCAUGUACUGCCAGCUGGCAUGCGGUUUGAUCAUCGAACUGGGGUUGACAACAGCACCACCGGGAGAAACAGGUUUGGCUACAUUUACUCAGAUUUGCGCGGGUCAGGGUCAGCUUCAACAUCUUAGACCUCGGCUUUCAGAAACACGGACGAUGAAUGAGCGGAGAGCGGUGUUGAGCUUCUUUGUUUUGAGUUCAAUGAUAUCGCAAUAUCUGGGACGAAUGGAUCCUCUUCGCUGGACUCCGCAUCUGACCGAUUGCCUAGAUGUUCUGAGCACAAACUCCGAGACACCGAACGAUGCUGUCCUUGUGCAACUUACUCGAGCUCGCCUUCUGGCCGGAAAAAUGUCCGACGGGCCGUGGAACGAUACUAUGCUCUCUGAGGAUAGGUUUCCACGAGCACCAUCAUCGUUCUAUCUCUCGGCUCUGCAAACUCACUUAGAACGAACCCGAGCCGAAAUUCCCACGGAUCUGCAGAAUAACAAACCCAUUCUAUUCCAUAUUUACCACACAGAGGUCAGCCUCUAUGACCCUAUCCUCUUCAAGCCAACAACCGCCGACGACGACCUCAAACGCCUGGAUUACCUCUAUGCCUGCUUAUUCGCAGUCAGACGUUUCUUCCACCUGGUGCUUUCCAUCCCAUGUACCGACUUUGCAUCAUUUCCGUUAACCCACAUCAUUCAAAUCGCACAUUGCUUCAUCAGUCUCUUCCGUCUCUCAACUCUCGACUUCCCGGGGUGGGAUAAGCCCAACGUGCGUCGUACAGCGGAUAUCAUCAGCAUUGCCCACCAGGCCGCUGAAAAGUGGAUUCAAGUUGCCGAUGUAGAAAACAAUUCUCUGCAUCGCAACGCAUAUACCGGACUGGGCCCGGACCACGGCCCCAUCGCUCCCAAUAAGAUUGUAUACUAA